UUUUGAAACACCCUGUAUACAGCAGCAGGCGUCAAGGGACGGGAUCGAACCCACGACCACCUGCAUACCAGGCGAGGCAGUCAACAUCUAGCCACCGUGGCACCCCCUGGAAGAACACGGUUCCUGGACCAUCUCGGCGAAGCGUCACCGCUCCCUCUGGACACGACCCCGGUGAAGAAAGAGGUUUAGAGCUCACCGUGAUCGACGCGAGCCCAAGCCGCCAGGUGAAACGGCACGCGACGCCGCGCUUCCGAGAUGGGAGAAGACAACCUUCGUUUAUUUCACUAUUUAUUUUGAGACUUAACAUUGUUGCGUACGUAUACCCCCCCCCCGACCUCCCUGCUUUGACCCACGGGCAGGUGGAGGGCGAUGUCACCGACGCGGCUUCAACUCUGCGGCGUCGGUGCGCUUGCCCGGAAUGAUGUCCCGGAACGCUUCGCGCUCCACGCGGAACUUCCUGCGGGUGGCUUGAGAUGAGCUCGGCAGAAAAUCCCCGGGCGCGUGGGUGGGGGGGGAGGCGCGAAACGUCGGGACAAUGUGCCGAAUGACGUCGCGGCACGAUCCGAAAGACACAUCGGAGAGACCCGUUAUGCUGUACACCCAUGUCCUACAGACGUGUGCGCUGUAGGACACAGUGCUGUAGGUCUCUGUGCUGUAGGUCUCUGUGCUGUAGGUCACUGUGCUGUAGGUCACAGUGCUGUAGGUCUCUGUGCUGUAGGUCACAGUGCUGUAGGUCUCUGUGCUGUAGGUCACAGUGCUGUAGGUCUCUGUGCUGUAGGUCACAGUGCUGUAGGUCUCUGUGCUGUAGGUCUCUGUGCUGUAGGUCACAGUGCUGUAGGUCUCUGUGCUGUAGGUCUCUGUGCUGUAGGUCACAGUGCUGUAGGUCUUUGUGCUGUAGGUCUCUGUGCUGUAGGUCACUGUGCUGUAGGUUACAGUGCUGUAGGUCUCUGUGCUGUAGGUCUCUGUGCUUGCUGUAG